CGCCUGACGCCGCCAACAUGGUGAGUCUUACUAUUGCGGGCUCCGGGGCUGGCGAUCUUUCCUCUCUACCUCCGCGUCCGCUGGGAAGCUGAGGCGCCGAACGGCUCCCGGAGGGUCCUGGGAAGCACAUGGUGUUCAGGCGCUUCGUGGAGGUUGGCCGGGUGGCCUACGUCUCCUUUGGACCUCAUGCCGGAAAAUUGGUCGCGAUUGUAGAUGUUAUUGAUCAGAACAGGGCUUUGGUUGAUGGACCUUGCACUCAGGUGAGGAGACAGGCCAUGCCUUUCAAGUGCAUGCAACUCACUGAUUUCAUCCUCAAGUUUCCACACAGUGCCCGCCAGAAGUAUGUCCGGCAAGCCUGGCAGAAGGCAGAUAUCAAUACGAAAUGGGCAGCCACUCGAUGGGCCAAGAAGAUUGAAGCCAGAGAAAGGAAAGCCAAGAUGACAGAUUUUGAUCGUUUUAAAGUUAUGAAGGCAAAGAAAAUGAGGAACAGAAUAAUCAAGAAUGAAGUUAAGAAGCUUCAAAAGGCAGCUCUCCUGAAAGCUUCUCCCAAAAAAGCACCUGCUGCUAAGGGUGCUGCUGCUGCAGCUGCUGCUAAAGUCCCAGCAAAAAAGAUGACCGCCACAGGCAAGAAGGCUCCAGCCCAGAAGGUUCCUGCCCAGAAAGCCACAGGCCAGAAGGCAGCGCCUGCUCCAAAAGCUCAAAAGGGUCAAAAAGCUCCAGCCCAGAAAGCACCUGCUCCAAAGGCAUCUGGCAAGAAAGCAUAAGAGGCAGUUAUACAAAGUAAUAAAGGUUCUUUUCGUCAUGUUGGCAAA